AUGGAAGCGCCCUCUGGAGAUACUUUGGUCCCGCUGCAGCGGCCCCACCUGCUUGUUAUUCAAAGACACAAGGCCUACGGUAUCAACAGUAGAGAGCGACACAGUGCCAGUGACGACAGAUGUAGCAAAAGCAGCAGCGAAACUGCCGCAUCCGUUAUAGGAAAGCUAGCAGCGAGCUUUCUGCCGCUUAACUCCCCGUACUCACGUUCACGAGGUGCUAAGGAGGGCCCACAUCCGCCUGCGAGGCCGUUACCCCAUGCUGCUCAAACAGCUGCAACCGCAAUUGUAGACACAGCGGCUGCGGCGGCAGCAGCAGUAACAGCCGCGGCUGCCACGGCAGCUGCCGCAGCAGCAACAGCAGCAACACGCUGCACAAUAUCCAGGGCCGCUUAUGCAGCCGCACAUUCAUGCAGCACCCAUAAAUGGCCUUGCCCUAUCCGUUCAGUGGACCACGGGCCUAAAGCGGGUCCUGAGGAGCCUGAGGGUUCCGUCAGGCUCCCGCCACGGCCUCGGGUGCUGCAGCAAGAAACUGGGCGGACCGUAGCAAUAGAGUCACAUGGUACACUUUGCAGCCAAUCGGAGCCUGCCAGUUUGGCGGAGAAAAUGCCCGACAGCUGCCCAAAAGUGGCAGUAGCAGCUGCGGCUGCUGCUGCUGAGCUGCAGACACCGUGCGGCCGGCGGUGCAGCAACAAAAACAGCAGCAGCAGUAGCAGAAGCAGGAGUAACGACGGAAUUAGGGCUGGGAAUCGUUCUUCAUGGCACUAUAUGCUACGGCCCCAACAACUUCGGCGGAAGAAGCAACAGCAGCAGCAGGAACAACAGGAGCGCGUUCGUCUUGCAGUGAGUGAUUACGGGAGUUGCCAUGGCUGCUGCAGCUCCACAUGCCAUUUCAGCCUAGCAGUCAAACCUGAGCAAGAGCUCUCUGCAAGGUUGGCGCCCCUCUCUGGUGGUUUGUCUGCUGCUGCUGCUGUUUCUGCGCCUGCUGCUGCAGCUGCUGUCGGAGACAGCCCUUCUCCUGUUGUAGCAGUGAACACCGCAGCGGGCCAUAAUCUUGGAAAGCGACACUCAGCAGAAGCAGAGGCAGCAGUAAUACCACCAGCAAGGCCUGUCAGCCCCGCUUCAGUGUGCUGUGGGCAGCUGCUCUUGCCAUCUACAAAAUGGAUACCCCGCCCACAUCUGGGGAAAUAUGCUUGUGGAGGGCGCCCUGUUGCUGAUUUGUAUGCAAGACAGGCCACUCCUGCUAUUGCUGCUGCUGUGCUAUGCAGCAACUGGGGUGCACAACUGAGGCAUGCAAGUCGUUCAGGAUAUCGUGAUAGGAGCCCCACUGCAACACAGAGAAGCAGCAGCACUGGCAGCUGCAACUGCAAAAGUGGCAACAGAAACAGAGCAGCAACGACAACGACAAAAUUAGUGAAAACAACAACAGUACUAAGUGCAAAGCACGGCGAUUUGGAGGUACCUACGUCCAGGGUUCCGCUGAACGUGGUUAAGCAGCCCCACCAGCAGUCUCGUCUCCAGUGUCCAGAGAAAUCGCGUUACCACAUGAUGCGUAUGAAGGAGCAACGAGUCCAGGAGGAGCAGGAGGAAUAUCAACAGCAGCACUUGCAUUCGAGAGAGGAGCAGCAGUUGCAGAAGUUGCUGCAACACCCCCAGAAGUUACGGCAGCACAGCAUGCGCAAGCAGCAGCAGAACGGGCGGCAGCAGCAUUGUAUUGUUGCCGACGUUCUAUGCACAACAGAAGACAAGGCAAGAAGUACAUGCACCUCCAAACAGCAGCAGUCACCUCAACUCCUAUACGAACCGCAGCAACAACAGCAGCUGCAGCUCAGCGUAUUACAAGGAACUGAAAACACUGCUGGGUCUGGGAAUUUCAAGGCCGCAGAAGAAACGGCCGUUCCUGCCGCGGCUGCCGCAACAGAAUCCACUACAGUGGCUUCUUCUGUGGCAGCUUUUGCCUGCGGAGAAGCCACAGCUGUUGAUGUUGCAACUCCAGCGCCUGUUGCUUCUUCUGCUUCGCCUUCAGAGCCAGCGAAUAAGGAAGCCGACCUCUGCGCACAGGACAGAAGCCACGAGAAGAAGCUACAGCAGCAUCAGCCGAAAGAAAGACGGCAGCUAAAGCAUCUGCUCCAGCAGCGACACCUGUACGUUACCAUCGUGGUGGAGCGCAUGUGCCGGGUGUUGCAUCGAUCUGCAUGUCGCCGGCCUUUCAGGUUGUUGUUGAUGCAUGCGGUGCAGCAGCGUGCACUUCAACAACCGAAGUUAAUACACCAGCUGGAGCAGCAGUGCCAGCCAAAGCAGCAACAACAGCCACAGCAACAACAGCAGCAAGAGCAGCUACAGCAAAAGCAGUGGCAACAACUGCAGCAGCGCAACCAGUGGAUCGACGCUGAUCUGCAAAGUCUCUCACUUCAUGAUGAAGUAAUUAGCAGAGAGACUUGCAUGCGGCUGGAAGAUUACCGAAGGCGACUUCGGCUGCAACAGAUCCGCCUGAAACACGAGCAGCAGCAACAGAAGCAGCAGCAGCAGCAACAGCAGAAGCGGCAGCAGCAGCUCAUUCAGCAGCUCGCCACUGCAGCGCAGGAGCUUAAGAAGGCCAAUGAUCAGCAAGAGGCUCUGCAGGGGCGUCUAGCUGCAGCCCUUUCUCGGCUACAACACUUGGAGCAGCAACAGCAUCAGCUGCAGUCGAGGUAG